CUCAGAGAGCUAGCUCAUUGCAAGUUUAGCAAGAAAGAGAUCCUCGAGAACGGUGCAGAGUUUAAAGCUUCAAAAUCGCUUCGGUUACCCUCUCUCUCUCUCUCUAUUACUACACUCUCCUCCGCUGUCCUUCACUUUCUCAGCCUCUCUCUCUCUCUCUCUCUCUCUCUCUCAAGGGAGAGGAGAGAGAGAGAGAGUGUGUGUGUGUAAUGUAAUAAAUAAGGAAAAUUUCCUGUCAUAAUAAAAGAGGAGGGGGUUAAGGGGGGAUGUUGGGUAAGAAUCCCUGGAUUGCCAAUAUUUGCGUCUCCGCUCACCCGCCAAUUUCCAUUUUUGCUUCACUCUCUUCUCACCUCAUCUACCCACAUCCCCAACUUCUCAUAUUUUCUCUCCCUACCCAAAAAAUUUAGAGGGAUGGACUACAAAGAGAGAAGGCACGUUUUUUGAUUAAUCAAAGCCCCUCUUACCUCUCCCCUUCCAAAAAUACAUAUCAACAAUUUUUGCAAGGGAGAGUUCUUCUCCCCUUGCCAACUUAAUUAUUAGAAUAUUAUCACAUCACUCCUUCAUUGCACUUGUUCCUCUUUCUCUUAAUACAACACCGACUUCUUCUCUCUGUUCAUUUGAGAAGAGAGAGAGAAGAUGAGUUCUGGUGAUGAGCAAGAUGCUCAGGAGAGGAGGAAGAAGAGAUACCAUCGUCAUACUCCUAGGCAGAUUCAAGAGCUUGAAGGGAUGUUUAAGCUCUGCCCACAUCCUGAUGAGAAGCAGAGGAUGAGGCUGAGCAGGGAUUUGGGGUUGGAACCAAAACAGAUCAAGUUUUGGUUUCAAAAUAGGAGGACCCAAAUGAAGGCCCAACAUGAGAGGCAAGAUAACUGUUCUCUUCGUGCUGAAAAUGAUAAGAUCAGAUGCGAGAACAUUGCAAUGAGAGAGGCUUUGAAGAACAUAAUCUGCCCAAAUUGCGGAGGACCUCCAGUAAAUGAAGACUCCUAUUUUGAUGAGCAGAAGCUUAGAAUGGAGAAUGCUAGAUUGAAAGAAGAGCUUGAUCGCGUAUCAAGCAUUACAUCCAAGUAUCUAGGACGACCAAUAACCCAACUCCCCCCAAUUCAACCAGUAUCAGUUUCCUCACUGGACUUGUCAGUUGGUGGAUUUGUGAAUCCAGGGUUUGGCCCUUCUCUUGAUCUUGAUCUCCUCUCUGGAAGUUCUUCGAGCAUACCAUUUCCUUUCCCAGCUCCACUUUCUGACAUCGAGAAGCCCAUCAUGGCUGAAUUAGCUACAAAUGCAAUGGAGGAAUUAAUUAGGCUCGUUCAAACUGAUGAGCCCCUCUGGAUUAAGCCUGGGACUGAUGGAAGAGAAGUCCUUCACCUAGAGACUUAUGACAGGAUUUUUUCAAAGCCCGGGCAUCAGUUUUUAGGCCCUGAUACCCGAGUUGAGGCCUCGAGGGAUUCUGGUGUUGUGUUCAUGAGCCCUGGGGCUUUGGUUGAUAUGUUCAUGGACUCGGUUAAGUGGAUGGAACUAUUUCCAACUAUAGUUUCUAAUGCAAGAAACAUUGAAGUUCUUGCUUCUGGAAUGGGUGGAAGUAGGAGUGGAUCUUUAAUAUUGAUGUAUGGAGAGUUUCAGAUUCUUUCACCUGUAGUCCCUACUCGUGAGUUCUUGUUUCUUCGAUACUGCCAACAGAUUGAUCAUAGCUCGUGGGUGGUCACAGAUGUUUCAGUGGACUUUCCAAGAGAUCCGAACCUUUUAGGUCCUCCUUCAAGAAAUCGAAGGCUUCCUUCUGGGUGCUUGAUUCAAGAAAUGCCUAAUGGCCACUCAAAGGUUUCUUGGGUUGAGCACACGGAGAUUGAAGAUAAGAAUCAAACUCUAGGAUUGUUUCAGGAUUUAGUUCAUAGUGGCAUGGCUUUUGGUGCUCAACGUUGGGUAACCACUCUUCUUAGGAUGUGCGAGAGGUUCCAUUGCUUAAUGGGGACAGGAGCAGAUACCAGGGAUCUUGUUGGAGUGAUCCCAACGCCUGAGGGAAGAAUGAGUAUGAUGAAGUUAUCCCAAAGAAUGUUGAAUAUUUUCUGCAAUAGUUUGUGCCCUUCAAACGGUCAUCAAUGGAAUACUCUCUCAGGAUUGAAUGAAGUUAGAGUUAGAUUUAUUCCUCAUAAGAGUGCAGACCCUGGUCAGCCUAAUGGUGUUGUUCUUAGUGCUGCGACCUCUACAUGGCUUCCUUUGUCGUGUCAGAGGGUCUUCAGUUUCUUCAAGGAUGAAAGAACUCGAGCUCAGUGGGAUGUUUUGUCUAAUGGAAAUAUGGUGCAAGAGGUCACCAACAUCACGACCGGUCUAAAUCCAGGGAACUCUAUCUCUCUUCUUCGUGCUCUGACACCAGAUCAAAACAGUAUGCUGAUCCUGCAAGAAAGUUGCACCGACGCAUCAGGCUCCAUCGUGGUGUAUGCACCAGUGAACCUACAGUCCAUGGAUAUCGUCAUGAGCGGUGAGGACACCUCAUACAUCCCCCUCCUCCCCUCAGGCUUCGCCAUUCUCCCUGAUGGCCGCCCAAGCAAUGGCUUGGCCGCCUCAACGAGCUCAAACCCUAUUUCAGGCUCCUCAGGCUCUCUCUUAACCAUCACUUUUCAAAUCCUGAUGAGUAGCCUACCAACAGCCAAGCUCAACACUGAGUCUGUAGAGAGUGUCAAUCGCCUCAUCAGCGAAACAGUGCACAACAUUAAGGCUGCAUUGAACUGCCCUUGAUUAGCUGGUUGGUUCUAUUGAAUGCUGAAAUUAACAACUGCCAGUUUAUUUCCCCCUCUUUUUCUUUAGCUUUUUCGGGAAUCAGUCAGAGUUAAUCUAGAGAGACUUUAAAGAGGAAGUCAAGAACGCACCAUAACUUUCUUUCUCUUCUCAUCGAUCAUCUUGGUUUUUUCUUUCUUUGCUUGUUGAAGCAGAGCAAGAGGUAAUGGUUCGGGUAUUGACUUCUGUCAUUUAUGAUGAACAUUUAAUUCAAGACUCUUUUCUGUUCAUAGAGAGACUGCUUCUUUAUUGCAUUUGAUGGUGACCAACUCAACUCAACUCCUUCGUUAUAAAUUUUUUUCUGUUGAGGAUUGUAAUGAGGAGAAGAAGUGAAAGUCUUUGAAUUAUGAUGAGGUGGUCCCUUUGGUUUAUGGAGGGGAAUCUAUGAGGAAGCUUUUAAUUCUCUA